UUGUAAAAGUAUACACGUAUACACGAUCUCACGAUAUGUUAUUAGAAUACAAUACUUAUUAUAGUUAUUAGUUUUAAAUGAACAAUUAGGGCUUUUGUUAUGCCUACUGUAAUUUUAUUAGAUGUUUCCCUGUCUAUGUCCCGGCCAGUGCCGACGACGGACACGACAGAAACCCACACUCGAUUUACGUUAGCUACAGCAGCUAUAAACACGUUUCUAGACUAUCUAUGCAUACACGCUAAAUUGGAAUAUGUCACAUUAGUCACCUUCUCUUCAGUUUACGAAGUUGCGGUUCCUUUUACACGUGAAUUUGAUAACAUAAGGGUAAAAUUACCUCUUUUGGAUGAUGGAGACAAGACAUGUAUAGAAACAGCUCUUCAUGGCGUUAAUCAGCUGAUUCUAAAUGAAUGGGGCUACCAAACACCAGUUCAGAUAAUUUUGAUUACGGAUGGUAGUAGUGGAGUGGGUGCAAUUGGCAGAAAUCGCAUAAUCCAGGCCCUUCCUCUACCACCAACAUACCCUGGAAAGAUACAUGUAUUACCAAUAGUAUCUCCUCAUGAUUCAAGUUUGCAACAUGCAAUGCCACUUUAUCAGAAAAUUGUUGAUCUUGCGUGUAAUUCAUCAAAUAAUUCCAAUGGCAACAUAACCCGUGGUGCUAUCUAUUCUCCUGAUCAGCUAAACGUUCCUGGAGUAGUAGCAGCUAUGACUCGUCUAUGUGAACAGCAUUAUCAAGAGUUUUGGUGUACUCUUAAGUGUGGACAACUCGAAACAAGAGUGCAACUCUUUCCAGCUCCACAACCUGCUUCCCACGAGGGUUUAUCUGCAAGUUACACAUUAUCCAGUCAACUACACGUAAUUGGAUUCUUACAACAACAAGACUUAGGCACACCAAUAGCGAUUAGCAAACACCUCGUCAUACCUCAAGCUCAAAUUGGUAGCAACACAACACCUCGUGAAAAUUAUGGUUCUAAAACACCUACAAAGGAAGGGAGCAGCACAGAAGGAACGUCAACAGAGGACGACUCCUCUGACCCCAGUAAGGUUUCCAAUUUCUGCGUUCUGUUACAUGGAGCACUAAAGGUAGAAGGCAUGUCUGCGAUAGUCCAGCUUGGAUCGGACUGGUGGGGCACACUAUCAGCUUGGUGCGAAGUAUCGAGGGCUCGACGAUCAUGCUUAUUACUGAGCAUCCUCAGACCUGGAGCUUCGGCCGCACCCUGGCUCGGACCACUAGACCAAUUGGGGCCUGUCGAGGAAAACACUACUUCUACGGACACGUUCCCGGUGCGCUCGUGGCGCUCGUACAGCGGGGGCGGCUCGGGCUGCGCGUGGGCGCGCCCGCAUGCGCUUCUCGCCGACGUGCAGAAAGUACUGAGACACGCUAGGAAGUUGCCGGACAAAACCCAACAUCUUUACAAGGAACUGAACCGAUUACGCCGUGCAGCUAUAUCCCUUGGCUUCGCUGAACUUCUCACAUGCGUGGGAAGCGCACUGGAGCGGGAAUGCACCGCACUCCCGACAAGCGCGCCACCAGAAUGUGCGCUACAACUGGCUCAUGCCGCAGCCGCGUUACGAGAUCCAAGGACAGCGCUUGAUAUAAAACACACACUUCAACCACUUGCUACAAAUUUUACUGUUACGUCUAUGUCUCAUUAAAUUA